UCGCCCACAUCCCCCCCCUCCCCCCCCCCCCCGCCCCCCCCUCCGCUCCCCCCCCCUUCCCCCCUCCCCCCCCCCCCCGCCCCCCCCCGCCCCUCCCCUCGCCUCCCCCCCCUCCCCUCCCCCACCUCUCCCCGCCCC